CUCCUCCCCAAGCACAACCCCUCCGCUAUCGCACCAUCCGCACACCUCCUCCUCCGCCUCCUUAUGCCCCCAAUAACAACCACCCGCCAUCCCAUCAAAACCAAUUCCCCCAAUUCAAUUCCCCUAACUACCCUAAUCGUCCCUUCCAAGAAGAACACCCAAUCUCCAACAACCACAAUCAGCCAUUUUCCCAAUCCCCCAGGAUUGCCAGCCGAAUCCUCCCGGGCGAUCCUUUCCCCCGCCGCAAUUUUCCUCGUUUCGACACUGAAACACGCUGGGACCCUAACCCUGGCCGUAGGAUCGCUCCCGACUGUCUCCUUCCGAGGAAUUAUACCCCCGUUGAUCUUGACAGUGAAUUGCGCCAACACCGUGAAGGGGUCUCGCUGCCGCCCUCGGCAUAUCCGGCCGAAAAGAUUCGAUACGAUCCCGAUCGCUCCAGGUGGAGACUUGAGUAUGAGUAUGAGGGUAACCCUAGGAAGGAUGAGGAGUUUGGUUGCGGCAGCGGUAAUGAUGCUAAUUACCACAAUUACCACCGCCGCGGCGUUGGGGAUUUGCCACCCAGACACGACUUGCCCAACGGAGGCUUCGGCAGGGCGCCACCGGCGAUGUCAAGGGAGAUUAAUAUUGAUUUGAAACCCGGGGGGUAUGUUCGCGGGUAUAGUGUGGAAUUCGAGGAUAAGAUUCCCAGGGUUGGAAGAAGAGAUGGGCAUGGCGAAGGCAAGAGGUGGUUGAAUGAGAGGAGGGGACCUAAGGAGUUGCCUGAUUCACGGUUCGAAUUGGGGACCGGCGAGAUUGGUUUUGCUAAGAAUGUUGAUGAUGAUUUUCGCGUUGGGACGCGUGAGGAAUAUGGAUGGGAAUCGGGUAGAUAUAGUGGCAGAGGGAACAACAGGGAGUUUGGUCAUGAAUUAUGGCGACCUUCUCUAAAGAAACAGGUUCAAAAGAAGAGUGCUCUUCUUAGGAUCCAGAAUGCAAAACCAAGUUAUAGGAAUCGUGAGAUUGAACAAUUACGGAAUGCUGGUUAUUCUGCUGAGUCUAACACUAAUGAUUUCAGGGGCAAGGAGCAGUGUGGGCAUGUAGGUCAUGGGAUGAAACAAGAAGAAAGGGAAGGAAGUCCUGUGGAGCUUGAUAUCUCUUUUGAAUCAAAUUCCCUGGUUGCGAAGGCUAUUGUGACCGCUUCGACUUCGACUGUUGUUACUGAUACAAAUAUGAAUUCUGUCUCUGAUGCUGAUUUAACUCCCUCAGAAAAGAGAAAAAAGGUUUCAGUAUCCGAUAGUGAUUGUUCUGGUUUGGAAGCUGCAAAAGUAUCUAGGGAUGUUGUAACUUUGAAUAGCUCAUCAUGCAAAGUGAAUGACUGCUCUGGAUCUGUGAAUGAUUUAAGCUUACAGAAUAAUGUUGUUAAUCCUUGUUCUCAACCUUGCACCCGUGAGACUGAUAGUGUGAAAAAUGAGGUUGCAGGUGGAAGUACCAAAAUUCACUCUGGUAAGUCCUCCCCAAGGGUUGUCAAGAAGAAAAAAGUUGUCAAGAGAGUAGUGAAGAAAGUUGUUGGAAAUCCAAAAUCUACAAUGUCAAAUUCACGAUCAGCGAAUAAGGUUCAUGGAUGUGUGCAACCUGAUCGAGUCAUACCUAGUUCUUCAUCUGUCUCUGUUCCCAACAAAGUUGAACCUUGUCUGGAGCAGAAAAACAUCACUGUAGACAAGAUGUCAAUGCCUGGCCAUAGUUCAUACAAUUUAUCAAAGGAUCGGAAUCAAUUGCUUGAAGAUAGAAAUGGAGAUCUAACCCUGCUGAGUUUGGGGCCACAUUCCAGGUCACGAGAAUGUGAAACUGAUGAAGAUUCAGAUACUCAGAAAGGAGCCGCCAGGUUUGAAAGUGGUCUUAACAUUCCAAAUUCUCAAUCUUGUGCUUCUACUGGUGAAGCUAAAAAGAUUGAUUCUGAGUGUUUAGAUGCAAAUAAUUCUGUCCAUGACUUGCGUAGAAUGCCAGAUACUAACAUGGUUCCUGAAUUAUUAAAUGGAAGUACUUCCAAAAUCAAUGAUGUGGGUUGUGAUAUUAAACAGCUAUGUCAGAAUCAAGAGUCUCAAUCAUGUGAGAAUUAUUCAAAUGUAAGAUGUCCACAGAAUGGGUUUGUUAUAGAUGUAGUAGAUGACAGCGUUCUUAGUUCAGCUGACAAUAUUGGUAAGUCAGAUCGCACUAAUACAGAUAACUCUGCUAGUAGCGUUUAUGGCCUAAUUUCUGGUGAUCUUAAAGGAUCUACAGAGAAGCUUACAGUUACUGAAUGUGGUCUUACUGGUGAAUCUGGUUUUGGACUUAUGGUCCCUACUAUUAUCACCAAGUAUGCUAUUUUGGAAGAAAAUCCAGACGUGAUCAACCCUGCAUCAAGCAGCGCAAUGUCUGCCCCUUCAAAUUCAGGAAAAAUUAAGAUUCACUCUGGUACAGAUUGCAUACAAAAUGCUAUUGCUGUGACACAGGGUUCUUAUAGUGGACUGGUCAAUUUAGAAGAUGGUACCGCUGGUCAGUGUUCUGACAUCACUAAUGAUGCUGUGAAGGAUGUUUCCCCCAGUUACGCUGCCAUAUCUUCUGAGAAUUGUGGCAAGGAAGAGCCAUUUUCAAGUUCUAAUCUUUCUGUUGGAUUUGGUGAAGGGGAUACAAACAAUAUGAAAAAGAGAAAAGCUAGGACUCAUUCAAAGUUUUUGCACUCAAAGAUGGAGGGAAUUUCUCCAAAACCUGUAAAUUCAGUUAGCCAUGCAAAUGAUUGGGAUACUGCCUCAAGUGUGAAGGUGAAGGAUGCAUGUUGUUCAGAAGUUUUGGAUCAAUCUGUUCAAAGCUUAGGUUCUAACCUGGAAUCGUGCUUGAAUGGGAUCAUUACUUUACAUGGGAAAAAGGAGCUUUCAGAGGCUGAGCUUUGUGUUAGAGAUAAUGAGAUUGAUGAUGCAAAUUAUCUUUCACUAUUAUCUAAAGGGAUCAAAGUCACGACUACCUCUGAGUUGAGUGAUGCAGUUGUGGUAUCCAAAUCUUGUGCGGAUUUUCCUGUUUCUUUCAGUGAUAAACAAGCACCCGAAAAAGAAGUUGCAUUGUCAAGCAUGGAUGUUCUGUUUAGUGCACAAUCAUUGUCAUGUUCAGAGGAUAGUAGGAAAUUGUCUGACAAUUUUGUUGGAGGUUCUUGUGACGCUAGAUAUGCAAAUAAUGAAACCAUGAGUUCUGACCAUUUUGAAUUAAAGAACUCAGAUUUUGCAUCUUAUUCACUUCGUGAGGACUUGGACAUUCAGUUCCCAUUGUUGGAUGGUGAAUGCAAAGAAAAUGGCACUCAAAUGCAAACUGACAUUUUGGCGUCUGGAUAUAAUAAGGGAGAUAUGAAGGACAGUUUAAUUCAUCAACAGAGCAUUGUGUCCCAUCCUUCCGAUGGUGAUUUGGAGGAGGAUGCACCUGAAGCACCAUCAGAUGUGUGUUCUCAAGGGAUAUCGGAAGCACCUGAGAGAGGGAAUUUAAAUUGUACAUCAAUCCAAGAUGAAAACAAUUGUGGGGAUAUAUCUGCAGUUGAACAUGGUUCUGAUUUGCCUACUUGUACUUCACCAAUACAGCAUACUAAUAAGAUUAUGAAGUCAGCUAAUGCAACUGGGCAUAGUAACCCAGUUGAGAGGAAUCUAAUGCGACAAUCAUCCCAAGUCAACUCCAAGGUUUCAAAUAAUGGUCCAGUUUCUUAUUUUUCAGAAAAUGGGAGCAAAAAUACCCUUGGAGGUGCCAUGCCAAAAACUCAAAAGGGUCGUUCGUUCAUCAUUUCAAAGUCAAAUUCAAAGACAUCUGCCUCUUCAACCCAUCUCUCAAAUCCUCGAACUUGGCGACGUUCUGGUAAUAAUUCUCAAGGUUCUUUACCUGGAAACAAGCUUUCGCCAGGAAAAUUUCUUCCCAAAAGGCAAAUUCUAGAUAGGAAAGGAAACUUUCAGAAUACCUCUUACAUUCGUAAAGGUAACAGUCUUGUAAGACAGCCUACUACAGUUUCUUUUACUCAGAUCUCUUCUGUAAAUAAGUCACCUUUGAGCUUAGAUGAAUUAUCAAAGAGUACCAGAUCUGGGAGCAGGAUUGAUGUGUCAGAUCAACUGACCUUGAAAACAGGAGUAGCAGAGGUCCCUCAGCAGAGUCAGAGAAAACCUUCACUUUCCAUUGGCACAUUAUCAGAGGAAAAUAUAUCUUCCCCAUUGGUAGAACCUCCUUCCAGUGGUUGCUAUGAAAAUGCAUCAGAUCCUAGAAAACUGAUAGAUAUCAAUGAUACACCAAACUCUUCCAAAGAUGAUUCAAAUCAGUAUGAAACUCCUGAUAAUCAAAGUAGUCCACUGAGUAAGCUGGAGAACCAAGUUGAAGCCAAUGAUGGACACAUUUCUUCUUUCAGCACCAAGAGAAUUGUAUAUACAAAGCCCAAAACAAAUCAGUUGGUAGCGACUUCAAAUUCUCGUGAUGAGAAGUCCCAAACAGCCUUCUCUGAAGGCUACUACAAGAGGUGCAAAAAUCAGUUAGUUAGGAAUAUGAACCAGACUGUUGCAGUGCCGAAAGCCACUCUAGAUUCUGAUGGUCAGGGGUCUUGUAAGGUGCUUUGCAACAGAAAGCUUAGUAAGAGGCAGUUACAUAAAGUUGCUGGGAGAUCAUUCAAAUCUUUAAGAGCCUCAUUAGUCUGGACAUUAUGUGGCAAAAAGUCACCUAAAAAUGGCCAUAAUUCAUGGCAUUCUCAAAGGGUUUUGCCUCAGUUAUUUCCAUGGAAAAGACCAACAUAUUUAAGAAGCGUCGUUCAUAAUUCUGCUUCAUGUUCCAAUAGUACCUUCUUAUCAGCAGUUAGAAAGAUGGAUACUGUUUACACUAGGUCAACCCGUGGGUUUUCUCUUUGGAAAUCCAAGGUAUUAAGUGUUGGUGGGUCUAGUUUAAAAUGGUCCAAAUCCAUUGAGAAGAACUCAAAGCAAGCUAAUGAGGAGGCCACACUUGCUGUUGCUGCAGUAGAGAGGAAAAAGAGAGAGCAAAAAGGUGCAGCUUGCGUUGGUUCCCAUGCAAAUAAACGUAUAUUCCCUAUUGGUUCAGUUCGCUACAAAAUGGAUCCUUCCAGGCGCACACUUCAGAGGAUUUCAGGUGGUCAGGAUUUCUAUGAUGAAUCCCUGUCGUCUGCCACUGCUGAUUCGGGCUUGGUUGUGAAAAGAGCUUACAUUCCUAGGAGAUUGGUGAUUGGAAAUGAUGAAUAUGUCCGAAUUGGAAAUGGUAAUCAGCUUAUCAGAGACCCAAAAAAACGAACUCGAAAAUUGGCAAAUGAAAAAGUUAGAUGGAGCUUGCAUACUGCCAGGCAACGGUUGGCUCGAAAGCAGAAGUAUUGUCAGUUUUUUACAAGAUUUGGGAAAUGUAACAAGGAGGGUGGGAAAUGCCCUUAUGUUCAUGAUCCCUCAAAAAUUGCUGUCUGUACUAAGUUCCUGAAUGGUUUAUGUUCUACUCCCAGCUGCAAAUUGACUCAUAAGGUUAUACCAGAGAGAAUGCCAGAUUGUUCUUAUUUUCUGCAAGGCUUAUGCACAAACCGAAAUUGCCCAUAUAGACAUGUCAAUGUGAACCCUAAGGCUUCUGUUUGUGAAGGAUUUCUCAAGGGUUAUUGUGCUGAUGGGAAUGAGUGUAGGAAGAAGCACAGUUGUAUCUGUCCUACUUUUCAAGCAACGGGCACCUGUACGAAAGGAACCAGAUGCAAGCUUCAUCAUCCCGAAAAACAAAAGGGAAAGAAAAGGAAGAGAUCUGGAGAUCAGAGUAAUAGUAACAGCAGAGGGCGUUACUUUGCUUCUGUUCCGAUUAAUGUUUCUGAAGCUGGAAUCGUAGUUAUUCCAGGGCAACGUGAUCUGAGUGAUGAUCUUGAAGGAGAACUUACUGACUACAUCAGCCUUCAGGAUGACUAUACAAAAACUGUUGGUCAAUCAUUAGCGCUAACAUUGUGCGACAGCGAUUCCUUGAGCUUGCAGUUGGAAGAUUAUGAAGUAAAUAUCAAACCAACUCUUUUAAUGAAAACAAAAGGCACGCCGCGAUCUUCUUGGUCCAGUGUCCUGCAAAGUUAGGCAGCAGAAGACUCGAGGCAUCUGUAACUGAGGUAACUUGGGUAAUGCAUAGCCUUUUUUUUUUUGUUUCCUUCUAGAAAACAGUUUUUUUUUUCCCUCGUUGAUUUGUACACCGAUCGUUUUCCCCCCUCCCCUUUGUUGUUGUUACAAUUUGUUGUUAUAUUUAUAAAUUGUACAGUAACCUCUGGAGAACAGACAAAUAAAAUUUACUCUACCGGGAGUAUUUAUGCAA